AGCUGGCGCCGACACGGUGGCCUGUGAUGGUAUACAAUGGGUAGGGUACGUGCAGUGCUGUGGUUUUGGAGGUGCCGUGGUGUGAUCUGGAUCAGGUCUGCUGGGGCCAAGUGUUUGGCACUUGCCGGAGCUUGCGCUGGACAUCUCGCCUGCACAGCCGCGGUUUGCUAGGGAAUGGCACAAGCACGAGGACCCCAUGUGCUUCUCUAACCAGAAGCACAUUUCAGACAUGGAUGGCGCUUGGAAGUCUCAUCAAAAUCAUUAUCACGUUUGGUGUCUGAACAUUGCACACAGAGCACUCAUGGCAUUGUCCCCUUCCCAACGCUCUUGCUGAUAGCUACACACUACCCACACGCAUAUGCACUGCCCUGAAUCCUUUCUUCCUUAUACUAUAAAUCCAUGGCCUUCUCAGCACAAACUUCAUCUCAUCUCAAGCAGCAUCACAAUCUACAACACACCUUCAAGCUUCCAGAGCCAAAGUGAAAUUUAGCCAGUUGGGAACACAUCCGACUCAACCAUGACCCAUCCAAAGAAGCUUGCUCAGCUGGCCAAGAAGUGUCAGCGGAUGUUGGUGGCCAGAGCCGGUGCCCGCCGUCGGCGUGCCUCAGAUACGGCCGAUGACGAGUGCUCCAGCACAGUGUCAUCUGUGGUUGCCGAUGAGGGCCACUGCGUGAUGUACACCGCCGACGGAACCCGGUUCGAGGUCCCUCUGCCGUACCUCGGGACUACGGUCUUCGCCGAGCUCCUGAGGAUGUCUGAGGAGGAGUUUGGCUUCGUGAGCAGCAGUGAUGGAGGCAGGAUCAUGCUGACCUGCGAUGCCAAUGUGAUGGAAUAUGUCUUGUGCCUGGUCAGGAGAGAGGCCCCUGAGGAGGUCGAGAGGGCGUUGUUGAGCUCCAUUGUUGGGCAUGGGCACAACUACAAUGCUAGCUGCAUGACACCAUCAAUGGGACUCGGCCAUCAGUUUGCUCUUUGUACUUAGCUACUAGCUUAGCUUCUGAAAUAUUUUUAAUUAGGACUGAGAGGAGCUGAGAGCCUCAUGUAAGAUUCAAUGAUCACAGGAAAUGAUACAAAGGGACAAUUUUUUUGGGAGAA